CGAGCGUUCCAAAGAUGCCCGACAGUGGACUGACUCGCUAGAGUACCUUUGGUAACAAUCGCCGAUUGUUUGAGUGUCAGCGGCCUCUGAUGAGAGUUCACUUCACUGUCUGUCUACUGUUGAUAUAGAAGAACAAUGCGAGUCACAGCGGUGUCAAGCUUUCCGAGGAUCCAGGCAGUGUUGACCAGUGCUGCUUCAGGACUAGAGGGCUUCAAAGCUCACGCUGUCUUCCAGGAGAUCAAUAAGAAGCUGCAAGAGGACGGAGAGCAGUUUGUGAAGAAGAUCGGAGGCGUGUUUGCCUUCAAGGUGAAGGAUGGGCCAGGUGGGAAGGAAGCGACCUGGAUUGUUGAUGUGAAGCAUGGAAAAGGCUCUGUUGACAAUGAUAGCGGAAAGAAAGCCGACUGCACCAUUGCCAUGGCCGACUCUGACCUGCUGGAUCUCAUGACAGGAAAGAUGAAUCCACAGACUGCGUUCUUUCAGGGCAAACUGAAGAUCACUGGAAACAUGGGCAUGGCCAUGAAACUUCAAAACCUGCAGCUACAGCCUGGCAAAGCCAAGUUGUGAGAGGCUCCACCUUCUGUGGGCGGAGUUUUGAAGAGCUCCUCCUGUAGACUCCACUCUAUUAGUGUUCAGUGGUGGCCAAAAAUAUUGGCACCCUUGGUAAAUAUGAGCAAAGAAGGCUGUGAAAAAAAAAAAUCUGCAUUGUUUCUCUUUUUGAUCUUUCAUUAAAAUAAUUCACAAAAAUCUAACCUUUAAUUGAAGUAAAACAAUUGAAAGAGGGGAAAUAUCUCAUUAUUAAAUAUUUUUCUCCAAAACACAUUGACCACAAUUAUUGGCACCCCUAGAAAUUCUUAUGAGUAAAAUAUAUCUGAAGUAUAUUCCCAUUCAUAUUUUAAAUUUUUAAGUGCACCUGGGUGACUAUGAACAUGAAAUUGUUCAGCCAUGACUUCCUGUUUCACAGGGGUAUAAAUAUGAGGUAACACACAGGCCAAAUUCCCUUAAUCAUCAAUCACAGUGGGUUAGACUAAAGAAUAAAGUUCUGAUGUGCAGUAAAAGGUUGUUGAGCUUCACAAAAUGGGAAAUGGCUAUAAGAAAAUAGCCAAAGCAUUGAAAAUGCCCAUUUCCACCAUCAAGGCAAUAAUUAACAAGUUCCAAUCAACUGGAGAUCUUAAGAAUUGGCCUGGAAAAGGACGUAUGUCUAUAUUGUCUCCACGCACAGUGAGGAGGAUGGUCCAAGUGUCCAAAGAAUCUACAAGGAUCACAGCUGGAAAAUUGCAGAAAUUAGUUCGGUCUUGGGGUCAGAAAGUCUCAAAAAUAUAUCAGAUAUCACCUACGUCACCAUAAGUUGUUUGGGAGGGUUUCAAGAAAAAAAAGCCUCUGCUCUCAUCCAACAACAAACUCAAGCGUCUUCAGUUUGCCAGACUCUACUGGAACUUGAAAGGGACCGGGUUCUGUGGUCAGAUGAAACAAAAAAAGAGCUUUUUGGCAGCAAACACCAGAGAUGGGUUUGGUGCACACAGAGAUGAAGUAGUACCCAAUGCCCAUGGUUAAAUGUGUUGCUGGAUCUUUAAUGUUGUGGGGCUGUUUUUCUACCAGAGGUCCUGGACAUCUUGUUCGGAUACAUGGCAUCAUGGACUCUAUCAAAUACCAACAGAUAAAAAAUCAAAACCUGGCUGCCUCUGCCAGAAAGCUUACAAUGGGCCCUGGUUGGAACUUCCAGCAGGACAGUGAUCCAAAACUAACAAAAUGGUUCACUGACCACAAAAUCAAGUUUCUGCCAUGGCCAUCCCAGUCCCCUGACCUGAACCCCACAGAAAAUUUGUGGGGUGAACUGAAGAGGAGAGUCCUCCAACAUGAACCUCUGAAUUUGAAGGAUCUGUAGAGAUUCUGUUCGGAGGAAUGGUCUCAGAUCCCUUGCCAGGUGUUUUUCAACCUCAUUAGGCAUUAUAAGAGAAGACUCAGUGCUGGUAUCUUGGCAAAGGAAGGUUGCAAAAAGUAUUGAAUAAAAGGGUGCCAGUAAUUAUGGCCAAUGCGUUUUGGAGAAAAAUAUUUAUUUAAUAAUGAGAUAUUUCCCCUGUUUCAAUUGUUUUAUUUCAAUUGAAGGCUAUAUUUUUGUGAUUUAUUAUUUUUAUUUUUUUAAUGAAAGAUCAAAAGGUUAAACAAUGCAGAUUUUUUUCACAGCCUUCUUUGCUCAUAUUUACCAAGGGUGCCAAUAUAUUUGCCCACAACUGUAGCUGCACAGGAUCAGAAACAAAUGUGUGUUUCUGUGCUGUAGUGUUCAGCUCUCUCUAACAAGUUAAAGGAACAGUUUACCUAGAAAUAAAAUUUGGUCAUUAUUUACUUGCACUCUUGUUGUUCCAAACCCAAAUGCUGUUUUUGUUUUUUUUCCCUGUGGAACACAAAAGGAGAAAGCUCUUUUCCUUACAACAACAGUAGUGACCACAUCUGCCAAGCUCCAAAAGGGAGGGAGAGAUUAUCAGUGAAUAAUGACUUAAGUUUGGGUCUGUUCCUCUCUUAAAGCUAUCGUAUAGCUUCAGAAGACUUAGGGGUGCAUGAGUCAUAUAGACUGUGUUUUUGUUCAUUUUUUGUUCCACAGAAAAAUAACAGCAUAUGGGUUUGGAACUACAUGCGGGUGAGUAAAAAAUGACAGAAUUUUCAUUUUUGAGUGAACUAUUCUUAUAAUUACGAAUAAGAACAGCAUGAUAGAGGUACACAGAAGAUGUGCUAUGAAAUUAAUACUGCUCUUAAUGAGAUCUAUUUGUAAAGUUUGCAUAUAACUGGCCACCCAUAACGGUUUAAUUUGUAUCUGUGUAUUCAGAGUUUUCGAAAUGCCUUCCUGUGGUGUGUUUAAAACGGUGUGUGAUUGCUCAGCAGUAGUAUAUUGGAAGUUAAGGAUGUUAAAGUGCCUACAGGGCAUGUUUGUGAGUGUCUGAAUGAAUCCUCAUCUAUCGACACAAAUAUACAGCAUGGUACAAGGGUUUGUUAAAAUGUUAAACAGCAAUGAAUUCCUUUAGUUAUUCCAGAUCUUCUGUUUGAUUUUGGCAUCUUUACAGUACACUUUAAUAAAAACAAGUCAGUGAAAGGAUAUGUCUUUAUGGGACAGUUUGAACUGGAAGUAUAUGUCUGUGAUUUCUAAGUGUUUCCCGUCUCAUUCUUGAAUUCUGCCCACCAGAUUCUAAAGUUAUUUUGUACUAAAUAAACAUAAUCUUUCUCA